AUGGAGACUGCACGAGCAAAAACGCCACGCAAAAGGCAAGUUACCCUCUUUGUUAUUUUGUUGCUUUGGUGGGAGGCUGGUUCUGAUACAAUUAGAUAUUCUGUUCCAGAAGAGACAGAAAGUGGCCAUUUCGUGGCCAAUCUGGCUGAAGACCUGGGACUGGCGGUGGGAGAACUGGCAGCUCGGGGCGCUCAGAUCCAUUACAAAGCAAACAAACAGCUCUUGCAGCUAGAUAGAAAGACAGGAGAUUUGCUUCUUUCUGAGAAACUGGACCGGGAGGUGCUGUGCGGGGCGACAGAACCCUGUGUGUUGCAUUUCCAACUAUUGUUAGAGAACCCAGUGCAGUUUGUGCAGGCUGAGCUGCAGCUCACAGACAUAAACGAUCAUUCCCCCGAGUUCCUGGAGCGGGAAGUGCUACUCAAAAUCCCAGAGAGCGCCCAGCCAGGUUCUGUGUUUCCUUUGAAAACAGCCCAGGACUUGGACGUGGGAAGCAACACGGUUCAGAACUACACAGUCAGCCCCAAUUCGCACUUCCACGUCGUCACUCAUAACCGUGCAGAUGGUCGCAAGUACCCGGAGCUGGUGCUGGACAAAGUGCUGGACCGGGAGGAGCAGCCCGAGCUCGGGUUAACUCUCACGGCACUGGACGGAGGAGUCCCACCCAGGUCAGGGGCCGCGGCGGUGCGUGUCGAAGUCGUGGACAGCAACGACAAUGCCCCCGAGUUUCUACAGUCACAGUAUGAGGUUCAGGUUCCCGAAAACAGCCCGCCUGACUCCUUGGUUGCCACCGUCUCCGCCCAGGAUUUAGACGCCGGAGCAUACGGGAGAGUGACCUAUGCUCUAUUCCAAGGCAGCGAAAUCACUCAACCAUUUGGGAUAGACGAAGUCACUGGAGAAAUUCGCCUGAAAGGGGCAUUGGACUUCGAGAUGACUACAAGUUACAAUGUGGAAAUCGUAGCUACCGAUGGUGGGGGCUUUUCAGGAAAAUGCAUCGUAGUGGUAGAGGUGCUGGACGUGAACGACAACGCACCAGAGCUGACCAUGGCCACACUCACCAGCCCCAUCCCAGAAAACUCACCCGAGACUGUAGUGGCAGUUUUCAGUGUGUCUGAUCCGGACUCCGGGGACAAUGGGAAGAUGAUUUGCUCUGUCCAAGAUGACAUUCCCUUCCUUUUGACAUCCACUUUCAAGAACUUCUACACUCUAGCAACGGAGAGGCCCCUGGACAGGGAGGACAGGGCCCAGUACACCAUCACCAUCACCGUCUCAGACCUGGGCACGCCCAGGCUGCAGAGCCAGCACAACGUGACAGUGCACGUGUCCGACGUCAACGACAACGCGCCCACCUUCAGCCAGGCCCUGUACACCCUGUUCGUGCUGGAGAACAACAGCCCCGCGCUGCACAUCGGCAGCGUGAGCGCCAGCGACAGGGACGCGGGCACCAACGCCCAGCUCACCUACUCGCUGCUCACACAAGACCAGACAACGCAGCAGCCACAGGGACAGGCUCGGCCGCAGCAGGUGGACGUGGGCGCGCUGGUGGCCCUGGACGCGGCGAGCGGGCAGCUGUUCGCGCUGCGCGCGCUCGACUACGAGACCCUGCGCGCCUUCGAGUUCGGCGUGCGCGCGUCGGACGGCGGGUCUCCGGCGCUGAGCGGCGAGGCGCGCGUGCGCGUGGUGCUGCGCGACGCCAACGACCACGCGCCGCGCGUGCUGUACCCGCCGCGCAACGGCUCUGCGGCGGGCGCGUGCCCCGAGCUGGUGCCGCGCGGCGCCGAGGCGGGCUACGUGGUGAGCAAGGUGGUGGCGGUGGACGGCGACUCGGGCCGCAACGCGUGGCUGUCGUACGAGCUGCUGCAGGCCACGGAGCCCGGGCUGUUCGGCGUGUGGGCGCACAGCGGCGAGGUGCGCACGGCGCGGCCUGUGAGCGAGCGCGACGCGCCGCAGCAGCGGCUGCUGGUGCAGGUGCGCGACCACGGCGAGCCGCCGCUCUCGGCCAGCGUGGCGCUGCACGUGCUGCUGGUGGACGGCUUCUCGCAGCCCUACCUGCCGCGGCCCGACGCGCCGGCGGGGCAGGCGGGGCAGGCGGGGCAGGCGGGUGUGGGGGGUUUGGGGGGCGAGGCUGGGCAGGCGGAGGCGCUGACGGUGUCGCUGGUGGUGGCGCUGGCGGCGGUGUCUUCUCUGUUCUUGGCGUCUGUGUUGGCGCUGGUGGCCGCGCGGCUGUGUGGGCGCGGCGGGGCCGGGGCUGGGGCUGUGGCGGUGGGGUCAGGGUGUGGGGUGUCUGUGGCCGAGGGCCGCUUCUUCCCUGCCGGGGCUGGGUGUGGUGGUGUGGGUCCUCUGGUGGACGUGGGCGGGGCGGGGACGCUGUCGCAGAGCUACCAGUAUGAGGUGUGUGUGAGUGGAGGGAGUGGGACUGGUGAGUUCAAGUUCAUGAAGCCGUUUGGAGCCAACCUCCAGCCCCAGUUUUCUGGGGAACAAUUAGAAAACUCUACUUUGAGGAAUAGCCUUGUAUUCUCUUAG